AUGAGGACUGCUAGCUUUCUAGGGAAAAAGGCGUCACGGGUUGGAUGUUUUUUAUUUGGUGGCGUCACCGUUGCGGCAUCUUCUCAUAUUCACCGGGCCUCGUGGCACACGUCAACGCGGUGCAUAGUGAGCGGUGGUGUGAGGAAUGAGAAAGCGGGAAAGCCCGCAGUGUCCUCUGUGAAGCGCAUGCCGCCGCCACCGCCGCCAGCUGAGAAUCAGCAGCAGAAACCGAGAGCCUCAUCUUCACACAUUUACCCGGAGCCGCCGUUGGCGUCGCAGCGGCCGUUGCUUGACGUGGAGGAUAUCAUUCGUGCCUUGGUGGAAGUGUUUGUUGCGUACCAAAAACACCUUCGAAACUGUAAUGCGACGAAAACAGCGACAAUAAGCAACAUGAAUAAAGGCGGAGGGACCGAUGUUAACGUUCCAUUCUAUCCCCCUGUUCCACUGGAAUACGUUGAGGAACAAUUUGAGUCGCUGCUGCUGCGUCUACUCCCGGCCGGUCUCACUCGCGGUGACGGCGAUGCCUCCAAAGUGGUGCGUUUUUCGGAUAACAGUGCUGAUGCCGAUAAGAAUAGGCGGCAAAUUGCGAGUCGGAUUCAGAGUUCUGGCGUCUUCCACCUAACAUCCACGCGGCGCAGAAAUUUUCAACGCGAGGGAGCAAGUAGAGACGAUGGUGAGACAUUUUUUCUUCGUAUUAGACCAGGCGUUCGGGAGUUGGCAGUUGAAAUUGCGGCGUUCCUUUUCUCGUUGGAACCACAAAACGGUACUGUGAGGAAGGCGGUGCCGCUGACGGUCAUCCGGCGUAUGUCUCUAAGCCCAGCCAACGUUGCUUUUGUACGCCACGAGCUUGCCAAUGAUGUCAAGCGCCUGCUUUUGGUUUACACGCACAGCGUUUUUUUCCUGACGAAGAAUGGCACAAUGGUGCAACUGUUAGAGCCUUCUGUAGGAGGUGGGGAAAGCGUUUUGCAUGCAGUUUCUUUGAAUACAACAGCAGCCACGCGAGAGCAGGCACAAGAACUUGUGGCAUCAACUACACAGGUAAAUAACAUUCCAGAAGGGACCAAUAGCACAGAAACGACUGUGACAACGGGGCCUGGCCAGUUAUCUGUUCAUUUUGCAUCUGGCGAGAAUGACACCGUUGUACACAUGGGGAAGCGAUUUAUUGCACCGACUGCGAUGGAGCGGUACCGGCUUUCGCAGCGCCUGAUACCCUUUUUGGAGUUUGUUCCACUGACAAGGACCGUCAUUAACACAAAUAAUGAGGGGAAUGACGUUUCCUCCGCGGUGGCAGACACGGAAGAUGGAUUUGUCGAUUUUGUCGCCGUACGUAAUCGUGCGGUGGAAAAGUAUCCGAGCCUUGCCCCUCUUUUGGCUUUUGAUUACAAUGAUUUGCCCCAACUGUGUGAUGGCCCUCUAUUUUCGGCGCUCCGUGCAUUGGGCGUGGAAUUUUGUUUGGGACGUCCACUCCCGCCGCAGUGCCAGCGCAAAAGGCGGCAGCAGCAGCGGUCCACCACAGCGAUGAGUAGUCUCCCGGUGGAGAUGGGUCUGUUAUUUCUUCGGCGGAUAAGAACGAACAACGAAGCCGCGGCUUCAACGCCCAUCUCACCCACAGGGGAGAAAAUAUCACUGCGUCUUUUGCUUUUAGACUUGCAAGCGGAGCUUGAUGCAACCGUGAUGCCACAAUGGAGAAGGAAAUGGUGGCCGUGGCCAUCCCACAUUCAUCCCGUAGAAUAUAGCAUUACUGAGGGGGAAGCCACAAAUGGAGCGGAAAGGCACGAGGAGGAGCUUUGGGGCCACGCCUUCCUCAGGGUUCACGCGGCCGUCUAUGAAGAGUUGGCGGCAACGCCAGCACAAUUGAUGCCAUACGACUCAACUCCCGUUAUUUCAUUGAAGGAAACGAGUUAUCCCGUUGGCGUUUCUGCCAAUAGUGCCUUCGUACAGCAUCUUUUGCGACAACUUACUCCACGACAACAUGAAAAGUUGCAUGAUAUCCUUCUUAGAGGCGUGCAAGGUCGUGUCCCGCCACUUAUUCAACAUGAGAUAGAAGAGAGCGUUGCGUGCCUUUUUUUCCCAUAUGGACAAUCCAGCAGAAGCCAUGGGAAUAUCAUUGACCAAAACAGUAAUAACAGCAGUGGUGACAGCAACAGGGAAGCACAGCAGGAGCUAAUAGUGUUUAACAAGUACGUGGAGGGUUUUUACGACAAAAAUUUAUCUUUACAAUUGCCGUUUGUUCGUCCCCGUACACUGUCGGAGGAACCGCCACUCGUGUACCGGAGGCUUCUUCCCGCAAAGCUUGUGCUAGAAAUUUUGUGCUGCCUACAUCGCGAGCAGCUGCGUCAUGCCGAGGAGAUUGGACUUGAGGUUAUUGAUGAUGAUGAGCAAGUUGCUGACGGUGAUGAUAAUAAUUGCUUCCUCUCCUUUGUGCUCCUUCGCCAGACUCUUCAACCUGCAAGCCGGACGUACGUUCGUGAUUACAUUGGCGACCUGGCGAUGAUACCUCUUCUUGUGUCAUGUUUCCCGCGGUACUUUUGUGUACCCGCAAUCGAUACCGUAUCUUCAUGGUCCUCCAUUGGCCUUACACGUGAAGGACGGCAUUUGGCUCAACUGCUGGAGGCAUCAUCCAAAGCAAGUGAUGGACGUCCCCUGCCUUAUCGGAGCCAGCGUACUGGGUGUUUCUUUACGGAUGACACACGUCAACAAAUGGAGGCCUUUCUUUUGUGGCGUUGA